AAUUUCAGACGAACAAAAUGGCGCCCGUCUGAAGUUACUUUAAAUUUCCGUGAUCGAUAUUAUUCGCAUAUUACCGAGUUAGCUCGAAGCUAAGCUAAUAUUUAUAGAUUUAUAAGCGUGUAAAUUAAGUAUGUUUGUGGCGAAAACCAUAGCGGCGGAUCAUAAAGAUCUGAUUCAUGAUGUUUCAUAUGAUUUCCACGGCCGCAGGAUGGCAACGUGCUCCAGUGACCAAAGUGUGAAGGUUUGGGACAGAAGUGACAGCGGUGAGUGGCACUGCACAGCGAGCUGGAAGACUCACAGUGGCUCCGUGUGGCGUGUGACGUGGGCUCACCCGGAGUUCGGACAGGUUUUAGCGUCCUGUUCCUUUGACCGCACCGCCGCGGUUUGGGAGGAGAUCGUCGGCGAGUCGAACGAUAAACAGCGUGGCCUCAGUCACUGGAUUAAGAGGACAACGUUGGUGGACAGCAGGACGUCAGUAACAGAUGUAAAGUUUGCUCCAAAGCACAUGGGUCUGGUUCUGGCCACCUGUUCGGCCGACGGUGUGGUUCGUAUCUAUGAAGCUCCAGAUGUGAUGAACCUCAGUCAGUGGAGCCUCCAGCACGAGAUCUCCUGCAAACUCUCCUGCUCCUGCAUCUCCUGGAACCCCUCCAGCUCACGUGCACACUCUCCUAUGAUCGCAGUCGGCAGUGACGACAGUAACGUGACCUACACCGGAAAAGUCCAGAUCUAUGAGUACAAUGAAAACACCAGGAAGUACGCAAAAGCAGAGACCCUGAUGACGGUCACAGAUCCGGUCCACGACAUCUCCUUCGCCCCGAACCUCGGGAGGUCCUUCCACGUCCUGGCCAUAGCAACCAAAGACGUGCGCAUAUUCAAGCUGGUCCCUAUGAGGAGGGAGAGCGCCACCAGCUCAGGACCAACCAAGUUCGAAGUCCAGCUAAUGGCUCAGUUCGACAGUCACAACUCUCAAGUGUGGAGGGUGAGCUGGAACAUCACCAGCACGCUGCUCGCCUCGUCAGGGGACGACGGCUGCGUCCGACUGUGGAAAGCGAACUACAUGGAUAACUGGAAGUGCACAGGGAUUCUGCGAGGCGACGGCAGUCCGGUGAACGGUUCCUCCGUCUCGGCUGCGGCUCUGACCGCUGCAGCUUCAGGAGCUCAGAACAGCGCCGUGGGAGCAGCCAGCGUGGGCAGAAAAAAGACUCAACUGAUGCCAGGCUAACGGGGAUUGACUGUUUGCUGCAUGACACACACACACACACACACACACACACACACCUUCGUUCCCAUCCUCAGUCGCACCUCAUCCUCAAUCCACUAAUCCAACAGAAGCAACUGCAGUGUGUGAAUAACAAGGGGUGUGUGUGUGUGUGUGUGUGUGUGUGUGUGUGCUGAUGGAGAUGCCCCACAUUAUGUUCUGUUUAAUGCCCAGAGUAAAUAUUCUCACUUGUACCGUU